CCCAUGAUGGCGGAUCAGCUGUGUAAUUUUCCGUGAAAAUGAAUCCAAUAAAUCGUAGAUCUGAGGACUUUCAGGGCUAUGAACUCCUUCUUUUGUUACGCCUACAGACAGAUCCGUUCUUCUGGCAUGAGUGGACAACAACAUUACAACAAAAGAUUCUUGAAAAAGACUUUGAUUUAGGUGAGGUUCCAUCAUGCCUGUGGUAUCUAGCCCUCACCAUCGACUACAAGAAGGAACGAAUGGUCAAGUUCAUCCAGGAACAAGUCGCCAAAGCAAAGGAAAACACCUGCUCAUUCAUCAAAUGUAGAGACACUCUGUUAUCUGGCUACCUAAACUGCCACCAGUUCUCAGAACUGCACCUUGAUGGGAUAUUCAAAUAUGGGGACGACAACACAUUGCCUGUUCAGAUAUUCAAGUGCACGAGUGUGAAGCGUCUUUCAUUAAAAUACAACUACUUGUACACAAUUCCCCCUGACAUCGGCCGAUUACGAAAGUUGGAAGUCUUUGCCUUGACAAACAAUAAGCUACAGAACAAAUCACUGCCUUAUACGAUAACAUUCUGUAAAAACUUACGGAUGCUGUACUUAGAUAAUAAUCUCUUGGAUGCAUUACCAGGAUUCCUGUUACAAAUGUCGUCAUUGGAGACAGUCCAUCGCCACGGGAAUCACAACUACUUCAAAUCAACGUUUAUGUGGUAUCAUACGGAUGUUAAUGAAAGGGUGCUAAGGUUGGGAGGCAGUGGUGACUUCCAUGCUCGGGAGCCAGAGACUCUUCAGUUUUGGGCGGCAAAAACUGUGAUCGGUUCCAAGAGGAACUUCUAUGAUGACGAUGGAGUUGCUAUGUUGUUAAAAGACUAUAUUUCAGACAUCUAUGGCCUGUUCAAUAUCUGUGAACACUGUAAUUCUGCCAGGUUAUGGAAUUGCCCGGGUUACAAGGUGAUCACAUUCAAGAAUCCCUAUCUGGGGAACACAUGUGUGCCAUUCCAGCAUUGGGCAUGCUCAAGCCACUGUGCUCAGGCAAUCGAAGUUCCUGCUCGCAUGAAUCAGAUCAGUAUGGCAGAAGACUUGGAUCGAUGCUAUGAAAACUACAUUCGUGAGUGCCAGAAGUUCAACCAGAAAAAGCGCCGGAAGCGAGACAGCAUGCUGAGUAUUACUGACAGUGAUUUUGUGUUGCCUGUGGUUGGGGUUAAUGCAGGAGCGUAUUCGGAAUUGGAUCUUCGUCCACGACAAGAGCGCAUGUCGGAAUGUUGCGUAGUGAUGUGAGCCUCUCAUCUUGUGUAUGUGAUGUCAAUCACAUUUCCCUGAUAUUGUUCUCCAACUGAUGUUGUGGCAGAAAAUCAUGCCUUCCCCAGUUUUAGUCCAGUUUGCCAACUUUCAAUUACCAUGACAAUUACUCCAGAUUUCGACCUUGGAUACCUCAGUUAACAUAGCGCAAGCUUGGUACUGCUGCUUGGACGCUUAAGUGAAAGUUCUAGGUUUGCUCUCCGUUGAGUUUCUUCGCACACACGGUUGCUGGAGUGUGAAAAUAAGCAUUUAUUCACCGUUUGCUGCUAGUCAUUGUUGAUUACAAAUUUGAAUUUUGGUGAUGUAUGGCUAGUUUAGGGGUUCUGAUCCUGUAGGGUGCUCAUUACAGGAACAUCAAUGUGCUGUGCAAUGUGAGCUCAAUGUAACAAGUUUUGAGUUACAAAUUCUACUAUGUUGGUUCAUUCUGUGAUUGUCGACUGACUUAAUUUUGUGAUUUAUUUUCAUGUAUACUCAAGGAUCUGUUUGGGACAACCAGCAAAUGUAUGGGACAUUCAGGCAACUUCAUCAAGAGCGACAGACACCUUAUUUAAAAGUGGAUCAGAAUUGGCAUAAUUUCAUAUUGUCAGUGAUAGCUCAAUACCAAGUCUGUCGACUUAGAUUGGUCACAUAUACAUCUAACUCUAAUAGACUAAGCAAUGAGAGAGAGGUGAAAUUGCAAACCCACUUUUCUGGCCAGGCCAUGAAUGGGCUUUCCGCCUUGAAUGAAUAUGAUGUAUAUGUUCAUUCCAAUGUACUCAUGAUGUUACUUCUUGUUACGUAUCCCUUGAAGGUUGUUUAUAGUGGGCAGAUCUACUGGCCCAAGUAAUUCAAGGUCACAGACGUCUAAGUUACAGACGGCAUUUUUUAUUAUGAUUUGUCUUUGAACCAUUUGGUGUGUACAUCAAUGGUCAAUGGGUCAUUUCUCUGGGAGUCCUCAAUGUUGGAUAAGUGUGUAUCUCAGAUUCAUCAUCACUAUUUCAAUUCACGGUUUGCAAUAUUUUGCUGGUGGAAGUCAGUUCUGCUGACUUUUUAAGGUAAAAACUUCAAGUUGUUCCUGUUUGAGGUGGUAGAGGAGAUAGCUAAACAACUGCUUCUGUGAUGACUGUGACUUGAAGUUCGAUUGAAUAUGCCUAUGACGUAUAUUUUUUUCUCAAAAGUAAUUUUGUUAAAUCUGGUGCAGAAAGUAUUUAUGACGUUGAUCACAUUGUUGUACAUGAAAAUACUAGUAUAUCAAGAUAAUAAAUCAUGUUAAAUAUCA